AUAAUUCAGAAACUCCUCCAAGCAACCCAACCUUCAGAUCAACUCCUGACACCAUGGCCUGCUGUCAGACCAGCUUCUGUGGAUUUCCCAGCUGCUCCACCAGUGGGACCUGCGGAUCCAGCUGCUGCCAGCCAAGCUGCUGUGAGACCAGCUCCUGCCAGCCAUGCUGCUGUGAGAUCAGCUGCUGCCAGCCAAGCUGCUGCCAGACCAGCUUCUGUGGAUUUCCUAGCUUCUCAACCAGUGGGACUUGUGACUCUAGCUGCUGCCAGCCAAGCUGCUGUGAAACUAGCUGCUGCCAGCCAAGCUGCUACCAGACCAGCUCCUGCGGAACUGGCUGCGGCAUUGGUGGUGGCAUUGGCUAUGGCCAGGAGGGCAGCAGUGGAGCUGUGAGCACCCGUAUCAGGUGGUGCCGCCCAGACUGCCGUGUGGAGGGUACCUGCCUGCCUCCCUGCUGUGUGGUUAGCUGCACACCCCCAACCUGCUGCCAGCUGCACCACGCCCAGGCCUCCUGCUGCCGCCCAUCCUACUGUGGACAGUCCUGUUGCCGCCCAGUCUGCUGCUGCUACUGCUCUGAGCCCACUUGUUGAAAACCUCCUUCUGCUGGGGAUCCUGAUAAGAUGGCACCUUAAAACUAGCCAAAUUAGAAUCCUAACAAUCUUCUGAACUCCAGUACCUAUAACUGGGCUUGCAACCUCUCAUCACACAGCCACAUAAAUUCCCUAGGAUGUAAAUUCAUUUACAAUGGAAGACCAAAAAUUUUUCCUAGACCUGGUUGUCAGCCAAAGUCCUACAAUGUGAAAAGAGUUAGAUACUAUUUUACUAUAAAUAUCACCUGAAAUAUUUCAACAGUUAUUGGGACUUAAAUUUAAUAAAAGUUUUCAUCUCUUCAAUGAUAAAGUUGUUGUUUGAA